AUGAAGGCAUUUCGCGCUCGCCCAUUUCUUGGCGGCGCGGUGUCGGGCUAUACUCCUUGGUCCCACUCGACUGCUCGAGCACCGUCGUGUCCGCUUCGGGCUAUCAGCAGUCUUGCGCAAAGACGAGGCUCAGGUGUAAACUACGUGCGGUCGUCUAUAAGACCCGGAUCCUUCGUCGGUCGUCCCUAUAGCAUCGAUCAUAAGGCUCCUAAACUACCACCUUUCGCUUUUGCCUUUGAUAUCGAUGGCGUCCUCCUCCACGUCGCAAAGCCGAUCCCCGGCGCGACGGAGACCCUGGAGUUCCUCCAGAAGCACAACAUCCCGUUCAUCCUGCUGACCAACGGCGGCGGUAAGCACGAGACGGAGCGUGUGGCGGACCUAAGCGCCCGCCUUGGCGUCGAGCUGUCUACGGAUAACUUCAUCCAGUCGCACACGCCCUUCCAGGAGCUGGCCCACGGCCGCGAAGGUGGCCUCCGCGACAAGAACAUUCUUGUCACGGGUUCCGACGCCGCCAAGUGUCGUGUUAUCGCCGAGCAGUACGGCUUCCGGCACGUCAUCACCCCCGCGGAUAUCCUAGCGGCCCACCCCACAGUCUGGCCCUUCGACCCGCUCAUGGAGGAACUCUACGCAAAAACAGCACGCCCGCUACCGUCGCCAAACCCCAAGAUCGACGCUAUAUUCGUGUUCAACGACCCGCGCGACUGGGCCCUCGACAUCCAGAUCAUCCUCGACCUGCUCAUGUCGAAAGACGGCAUCUUAGGAACUUACUCCCCGCGCAACGGGCUCAAAGACCUGCCGAACGGCGGGUGGCAGCGCGACGGGCAACCGCCCCUCUUCUUCUCGAACCCGGAUUUGUUCUGGGCCGCAGGGUAUCCGCACCCGCGGCUCGGCCAGGGCGCGUUCCAGGCCGCGAUCGCGGGGAUCUGGAGAGAAGUCACGGCGGGGGCGGCGGAGCUCGAGCGCGUUACGAUUGGUAAGCCGCACGGAAGGACGUAUGAGUUUGCGGAGCGCGUGCUUAAUGCGCAUCGGGCGGCGGUGCUUGGGUUAGACCCGGAAAUGGAGGGGCAGGGGCAGGGGGUGUUGGAAAGGGUGUAUAUGGUGGGGGAUAACCCGGCGAGCGAUAUCCGCGGGGCGAAUGAGUACGAGAGCCCCGAGGGCACGGAGUGGAAGUCGGUGCUCGUGCGGACGGGGGUCUGGAACCCGGAACGAGGAGGGGAUCCGGUGUUUAAGCCGAGGGCUAUUGUUGAUGAUGUUAAGGGGGCGGUGGAGUGGGCUUUGGGGCAGGAGGGGUGGAAGGAGAGGAUUUGA